UUCUUUUCCUUUCAGAUUUUUGAUGGGGGAUGCAUGCAAUCGUAGAUAUUGAAGAAAUCAUCACAUCGGCAUCUUUAGCUUUGCAAAUAUCCAGCGAAACAAAAACUCCGCCAUUGCUAUAGAUCUCCAACCAGUUGUUGUGAACAGUGGAAGCAGAUCAAAAUUGGUAGAAACGAAAAAAAAACAUCGUCAAAAUUUGCAUACACAUUCAUCAGCUGCUUUGUGGCUUACCUUUGAACCCCGGUCCUAACUUCUCCACUCCUCCUUGUGCUGGCAGCUAAACGGUUGAAUGCGCAGCUGCACCAACCCCGAACGAAUUUUCGAACGAAAAGACAAAAAAACAAAUACGAAAUAGAAAAACAAACAAAUAUUUGAGGCUAAAAGUACGAAGAAUUCCGAACGCAAUAUUAACAAAUUAGUUGUGUGGGGUCCAGAGCUAGUCUUAGAGCAUUUGUGGGGAUAGAGUAAAGGGUGUCCAGCACACAAACAAUUCACACACUUCAAGUUUUUUUUUUGUGUUUAGCAGACCCGGGCUUUGUUGGCGACCCCACUAACAUUGAGCCCCUUAAGCCUGAGUUGCAUUGCUCUGCUCACACUCACACACAUCUGCAAAAUGCUACAAACAACAACACAUGUAGUGACGACAAAACAUAUGCAAACCGACAUUGGUUCAUUCAGUCAUCAGCAUCAGUCACAGGCACCACAUCAGCAGCCACUAGCCGUGUUUGAGUUGCAACUUCAUCAUCAGUCCUAAAGAAACACCGGUGUAACAACUCAGAGAACCCCACAACUGCAAAGACAAAAACACAAAAAGAGAACAUUCGCCCCUCUCUGUCACCCAACCCCAUUUCUCAUUCAUUCUUCGUUCAUUCAAGGCGAAAGAACAGCAGCAGCAACAACAACAACACAAUUGUUAUGUAAAUAAGAAGAAACCAACAGCAACAACAACAACAAACACCCAACAGCAAAAAUACGAACAAUAAAUAGUUUUGCCAGAGAACCAACUUCUCGCUUUAACAACGAAAACAAGAACAACAAAAAAAAUAAAAUUAAUCAACAACAGCAACAACAAAACAAAGCCAGUAUACAACAAACACUAUUCUUUGUAAUCUACAACAACAAAAACAACACAACAUCAACAGGAAAAAGAAAAAGACUUGGAAACAACACAUUCCUGGAACAAGUAGCCCAGGAGGUAUCCCUUGUUCCGCAACAACAACUAACAUAAACAACUCUAUAACGGUAUUGUUUAUUUAUAAUUAAAGAAAAACAACAACAACAACAGUUACAAAAAAGACAUCCCUUGUGCCACAGAAGAAGCAUUUUCUAAGAAAAUCCCAUCACAAUAGCUGCUGCCGUCAAAAUGGAGAAACCCAUGCAGCCGGUUGGUAAGGUUUCGCAAAUUGCGAACCUUUUCCAACGCAAACCCAUUGAAAUCCAACCAGUCGAACAAUUGAGUGCUGCUGCCGCCGCCGCAGCUGCAGCAGCCGCAGCGGCCGCCGCUGCCGCAAACACAACGGGUACACCCGCCACUGUCGUACGCACAGAAUCACAUUCGGCGCGAUUCAACAACGCCCGAGCCCUUUUCGAGAAGUUAGGCGUCGAAAGCAAUUCCAAUCUCAGUGUCAAACGGUCGGGUUCGCGUGAAGACAACCUUUGCGGUGACAUCAAUCAUUCGGAUCGUUCGUCGUCGCGUUCAUCGGAUCGUUCGAUAUCACCACCCAAACGGCGUUCUCCCUUCCCUUCCGGUUGUCAGGUGGCUGCCUCAAUGGCUAACAAUAACAGUAGUAAUCAGCUGAACGGCGGCAUAGUUCCGCCUCUGGCAAAUUCCAAAUUUAUUAUGGAACCAAGUCCAAAAUUCCAACACAACAUUUCAAGAUUAAAAUCCGAGGAUAACAUUACCUCAUCGUCAUCAUCUAGCUCUGGGGUGGGUAGUGUUAGCGCCAUUUUGUCCGGCUCGUCCGGUGGCGAUAAGCCAGAGAAACCUGAACGGAAAUUCAAUUCCCGAGAAUUGAUUGAAAAACAAAAGAAAUGGACAUCCCAUUUUACCAAAACCAAGACCACACGAUCUCAUGGUGAUCUCAAUCGUUGCGAUAUCAUACGCACCGGACCGGGUACGGUGCUGAUACCCAGCUCCGUCAUACAAAUGAAAGACACGGCGGCCAACUCCACAACCUCACCCCCGCUAAAUAAUCACAAAAUGAUUCCCCAGAAUAAUCAAAUCAACGAAACCCGUUCCCCUAUUUUGGCCAGUUUGGCCCAUCAGGAUAAGCCACCCAGUCCCCCGAUACGGCAUUCGGUACAACCGCCCGAAAUAAAACCACGUAGCAGCAAUAAAAUCGGAAGCCCCGUUAAGUCUCCGCCUUUGCCACCCAUACCGGCUGCCAAACCGAAAAAUGUCAGCCCCGUCAAAUUCAACCCCGAACGGGUAAGGUCACCAACAAAAAUAUCAGAACCACCACCGCCACCGCCAGCCAAAUCAGCCGCCGCAGCUGCAGCUCAACAACGUUCAAUUGACGAACAGAAUGGCAUUGCACCCAUUCCGCCAGAAAAGCCUCGCAAGAAAUCCAUAGAUCUGGUGGAAACGGAAGAGCGAAUUACGCCGUCAUCGCCAACAUUACAGGCUCCGGGUUAUGUGCAUGCCGCCAAACGGGGUUCGAUUGACAGUGCCGGUAACAGUACUUCCAUUGCCAGUGCCAAUGGCAUUCUAAGUGGCAGCAGCAAUUCGGCAGCCUCGCCGGGAGCCAGUGCAUCGUCGGGACCAUCGUCACCGGUACACACCGAAGAUGAGAAACAGGAAAACGAAUCGACCGAGAAAUCGGAAAUGAAACAGCAGUAUUAUCACAGUAUGCCGCGCAGACGAAGGAGCGAAAAUGAAGGUGAGUGUGGAGGGAAUUUUUUUUAAUGUUGAUAUAUGUCUUUCUUAAGAAGCCAUCUUCGCCGUAUUCUCUAAACGGAAAACAGGUCUUCCAUGGAUAGAAGAGCAACUCUUCUAUGGAUAGAAGAGGGAACUCUUCUAUGGAUAGAAGAGGGAUCUCUUCUAUGGAUAGAAGUGGGAACUCUUCUAUGGAUA